UUUGAAGACCGUUUCCCACUCUCAUUCUUCAGCCUCCGUGGCUCUUUAACCUCCUCUCAACAGCCAUGGCAGCCUCGCCGCCGCCUCCAGGUUCACCUCUCAAUGCCCUCUAAACCCUUAAAAAACCCCAUUUCGUGUUUACAUCAAUCCAUGGAUUUGAGAAUAACCCUCCUCCCAAAACCCACUCCAAUCUUCUCCCCAAUCGCACGCCCCCUUACCUGUGUCACCUCCGCUGCCCCACAUCCACCGUCGCCAUUGCCGUCCCAGAAUCAGCCUCCUUCUUCGGAUCAUGCUCUUCUCAAAUCGGUAACUUCAAUUCUCUCAAACCCAUCUCUGGAUUCCACUCAGUGUAAACAACUCAUACCCCAUUUGUCUCCUCAUCAAUUCGAUUCUGUAUUCUUCUCCGUAAGAAGUAAUGUUAACCCCAAAACUGCUUUGAAUUUCUUUUAUUUUGCUUCUGAUUCAUGUGGGUUUCGAUUCACUCUUCGAUCAUACUGUGUUUUGAUGCGUAGUUUGAUUGUUUCGGGCUUUGUCUCUCCCGCUAGGCUGCUUUUGAUCCGUUUAAUCGAUCGGAAGCUGCCCGUUUUGUUCGGGGACCCGAAAAAUAGGCACAUUGAGAUAGCCAGUGCAAUGGCGGAUUUGAAUGAGGUUGGCGAGUCGGGAGUUGCGGUUGCGGCAGUUGAUUUGUUGAUUCAUGUCUAUUGUACCCAAUUCAGGAAUGUGGGUUUCCGGAAUGCUAUUGGUGUUUUCCGGUUUUUGGCUAAUAAGGGUGUGUUUCCAACUGUGAAGACUUGUACCUUUUUGUUGAGUUCUUUAGUUAAGGCGAAUGAACUCGAAAAGAGUUAUUGGGUGUUUGAGACUAUGCGCCGAGCUGUUUCUCCAGAUGUUUACUUGUUUAGCUCUGCAAUUAAUGCCUUUUGUAAGGGAGGGAAGGUUGAGGAUGCUAUUCAGUUGUUUUUUGAGAUGGAGAAGUUGGGUGUUUCUCCGAAUGUUGUUACAUAUAAUAAUCUUAUUCAUGGUUUAUGCAAGCAUGGGAAUUUAGAUGAGGCUUUUCGAUUCAAGGAGAAAAUGGUGAAAGAUGGCGUGAACGCUACUCUUAUAACUUACAGCGUUCUUAUUAAUGGUUUGAUGAAAUUGGAAAAGUUUAAUGAAGCAAAUUCUGUUUUGAAGGAAAUGUUGGAAAAGGGGUUUACACCGAAUGAGGUUGUUUAUAACACAAUGAUUGAUGGAUACUGUAAAAUGGGAAACCUUAGGGAUGCAUUGAGGAUAAGGGGUGAUAUGGUCUCCAAGGGAAUCAACCCCAAUUCAGUUACUCUUAAUUCAAUCAUCCAGGGAUUUUGCAAGAUUGGGCAGAUGGAACAAGCUGAGUGCAUUUUGGAGGAGAUGCUAUCGAGAGGAUUCUCUAUAAACCCUGGUGCUUUUUCUUCGAUUAUUCACUGGUUAUGUAUGAAUUCUAGGUUUGAGUCUGCACUAAGAUUCCUCAGGGAGAUGCUAUUAAGAAAUAUGAGACCCAAUGAUGGGUUGCUGACCACAUUGGUGGGUGGGCUUUGUAAGGAGGGUAAACACUCAGAUGCAGUGGAACUUUGGUUUAGGCUCUUGGAGAAAGGCUUUGGAGCCAAUUUAGUGACCACAAAUGCUCUAAUUCAUGGACUUUGCAAAACGGGUAAUAUGCAAGAGGCUGUUAGGCUUCUCAAGAAGAUGUUAGAAAGAGGUUUGGUAUUGGAUAAGAUCACAUACAACACACUCAUCUCAGGGUGUUGCAAGGAGGGAAAGGUUGAGGAAGGUUUUAAAUUGAGGGGAGAAAUGGUUAAGCAAGGAAUUGAACCAGACACUUUUACUUACAAUUUGCUGAUACACGGGAUGUGUCGUAUUGGUAAAUUGGACGAAGCUGUGAACCUUUGGAAUGAAUGUAAAAGUAGUGAUCUAGUUCCAAAUGUUUAUACAUAUGGUGUCAUGAUUGAUGGAUAUUGUAAGGCUGACAAAAUUGAGGAGGGAGAAAAACUCUUGACUGAGUUGCUCACUCAGAAUUUGGAACUGAAUUCUGUUGUUUAUAAUACACUUAUCAGAGCAUACUGUCGAAAUGGGAAUACAGUGGAGGCCUUUAAACUUCAUGAUGACAUGAGAAGCAAGGGUAUUCCACCAACUACAGCCACAUAUUCUUCUCUAAUACAUGGAAUGUGCAAUAUUGGACGCAUGGAGGAUGCGAAAUGCCUUAUUGAUGAAAUGAGAAAGGAGGGUUUGCUUCCAAAUGUUGUCUGUUAUACUGCACUAAUUGGUGGUUACUGUAAGCUAGGUCAGAUGGAUAAAGUGGUGAAUGUCUUGCAGGAAAUGUCUUCAUAUGACAUACACCCUAAUAAAAUUACGUACACUGUCAUGAUUGAUGGAUAUUCCAAAUCAGGUGAUAUGAAAACAGCAGCUAAGCUUCUACAUGAAAUGGUAGGAAAAGGAAUUGUCCCAGACACUGUCACUUAUAAUGUCUUGACAAAUGGGUUUUGCAAGGAAGGGAAGAUAGAAGAAGGUUUUAAAAUAUGUGAUUAUAUGUCCCAGGAAGGAUUACCUUUAGAUGAAAUUACAUAUACUACUUUGGUUCAUGGGUGGCAACAACCAUCAGCAUUAACAAAUCAAGAGUGAUCAGUGAACUUCUAAGAGGAAAAUUGUUCGCAGAAGAUGGAGUGGGUUUUAAUUCACCAUUAUUUCUCAUCCAUGAAGCAUUUAGAGCUUGUACAAGUUAAAUAAGGGUGCCAACUGAGGCUGAGAUGCUGGACUGCAGAACAAAUAUAGCAAUGAGAAGCAUUUAGUCCUCAAUCAUCAUAGCAUGCUUGCUUGUAUGGAUGCCUCCGCUUGAUUUGCAACUACACCAGUUGAAAGUUUGACAAGGAUGAGUUAGAAUGGAAGGUUGAAUAAGAAUGAGAUUUUUCUUGUCUAUGAAAGGGAGAAUAUCCAGCAGAGGGAGGGGGAGUAUGUUUAUCUCCUGGGCAGGGUAUCGCCGGGCAUGAAGAAAACAAGAAAUGUUCUAGAUUUUAGGAACUGAACUGGGUGUGAGUUUGGACUCAUAUCUUUAUUAGAUGCAGAUAAGUGGAUCAAUAAAAGAAACAUGAAACCAAAAUGAUGGCAUCGCAGUUAUAGAGGAAUGCAAAUGCUUUAAACAUUUGGAGAUAACAGGAUGCAAGUAGGCAUCUCAUUCAUGGAGAAAUUUGCAAGAAAUGGCUAUGCUCAUAUCAGCUCAUUUGUCAAUAAAGGAUGCAAUAACUUGAGGUUUUGCGUUGUACAGCAGGAAAGGAGGGGACAGUCUGUUCCUCAACAAGCACAAAGGCUUAGACUGGUAACAAUCCCUAACAGAAAGUACCCAGCCAAUAUCUAUAAACUAUUGAUAUUCAACAUGUCACAUAUAUUAGACAAAGAUGAAGAUUGUACAGGUCAAAUUUGCAGUGUAAAGAUGUGAGAGUUAAGGUAUAACCCAGUUACAGAGUAGGAUUUUUGCCAUGGCUGGUGGGUUUUUCUUGGUAAGCCAUGAAGAGAUAGCUCCAUUCUUUAAUUUUUGGUACUUUAUGAUAUUGUAAGUUCUUUUGACAACUCAAUAAAGAAAAAUGAAAAUUUGUGGGGGGGUCUUCUCUUUGUGUUUGA